AGCAGGAGAAGAGCUGGAAGCUGAGAGGCAGCCCACUCGUCUGUGCCUGUGGAAGAUCCGGUGCCAGAGACCACAGUCAUGGCGGGGAGCCUGAAGGUGAAGAUGCUGGGGGGUGAGGAGUUCCUGGUACCCCUGAGGGACUCCAUGCUGGCCCUGGAGCUGAAGCAGCAGAUAGCCCAGAAAUCCGGCGUGCCUGUGUUCCAGCAGCGCCUGUUUACCCACCCUGCUGGCGAAGUGCUGAAGGAUGGGGUCCCCCUUGACAGCCAGGGCCUGUGCCCUGGCAGCACGGUCCUGCUGGUGGUACAGAGCUGUGACAACCCGCUGAGCAUCCUGGUGAGAAACGACAAGGGUCGCAAUACCGCCUACGAGGUCCGGCUGACGCAGACUGUGGCUGAGCUCAAGCAGCAGGUGUGCCGGCAGGAGCAUGUGCAAGCUGACCUGUUCUGGCUGAGUUUCCAGGGGAAGCCCAUGGACGACCAGCACCAGCUGGGGGACUAUGGCCUCACACCCCAGUGCACUGUGUUCAUGAAUUUACGCCUGCGGGGGGGGUGGGAGUGGGGAGUGGGCAGGACCAAGAGGGCAGCACUGAGGGCCACCCGCCUGAGUCCCUGAUCAAGUGUGGGUAAUAAAAGUUGAUGCAAA